AUGGACCUUUUUCGACGGCUCCCGCACAUCCAUCAUGUUCUUCACCUCCGAGAGAUUGGCGUACGCGCAAUCUACCCUGCGACGCAACAUGCGCCGGACCAUGUCGACGAAAUAGCCAUUGCCACUAUCUACUUGAUGGUAAUGAUGAUACUUGCUGUCUUGAUACGACUUGCCUUCCGUCUUCAUAUGCUUCGCUCACUGGAGUGGGAUGAUGGAACAAUAUCGCUUGCGCUGAUCUUCGCUGUUGCACAAUGUGCUGUCAUUCUUGUUGGAACGGAGCACGGGUUGGGCAAGCGAAAAUUGAGUCUCAAUGACAGGGAAGUCCAUACAAUAGAGAAGGCUCUCUACUCGUCGAACAUUCUAUACGUUCUUGCGCUUAGCUUGGCGAAGAUCUCAGUACUGCUGCUUCUGAACAAAUUGUCAGUGAAUAGGUGGCAUAAGAAAAUCUCAUUCUGGACUUCUGUUCUGGUCGGAAUCUGGACUGUGCCGGUGGUUUUCACUCUUGCAUUUCAAUGUGGAGUGCCUGAACCUUUGGAUGCUAGUAAUGGUCAUUGCAUAGAUAUUUUCGCCUUCUGGGCCGGCAUCUCCCCUAUCGACAUAAUAACAGAACUGGUCAUCUGCAUCCUACCCAUCUACAUCGUGAAGCCAGUCCAAGUCAUCUUCGGGAAGAAAGUCACCGUUGUGGUUGCCUUCUUCAUCCGCAUCUUCGUUGUUAUAACCACCAUCAUCCGCCUUAUCUUUAUUCGCUACUCCAAGCCCUAUCCCUCCACGGACAUGAACGACGCUGCGUUCGCAACAACCAUCACAACAGAAUGCGUUCUCUGCGUCAGCAUCAUGACAGCCUGCAUUCCAUGCCUGAAACCGUUUCUGGACGCCUUUGACAGCGGCAUGCUGAAUGUAUCCUUACAUAAGCGCAUAGGUGGAGGCAGAAAUAGCAACUCAUAUGGCAACACCUAUGCGUUGACGAGUAUGACCAAGGGUGUUAAAGAAUCAGCCACUAGGUCACGGUAUUUGGAGGAUGAGAUCGAGGGCUUGGGCGCUUCUGCUGCCGCAUUUGCUGUUACAUCUCCGGGUCAGCCAUUGGGUAGGAGGGACUCUACGUUGGUGAUUCAAAGAACAGAUCAGUGGAGCGUGAGGUGCGAGUACGUUGAUCCGAAGGAUGGGUCUGUUGGGGAUGAGACCGAGCAGUCGGAGAGGAAUGUGGCUAGGUGUGAACAUUCUUUGUAG